CUCCGCUCAGCUCAGAAAAGGUUUUGGUCCGGGCGAGGGCAGACAUGGAGGAACUGAGCGCCGUAGGAGAGCAGGUUUUUGAUGCUGAAUGCAUCCUCAACAAACGCCUGAGAAAGGGAAAGUUGGAGUUUCUUGUGAAGUGGAGGGGAUGGUCAUCCAAGCACAAUAGCUGGGAGCCCCAAGAAAACAUCCUUGACCCGAGACUGUUGGCUGCUUUCCAUAAGAAAGAGCAAGAGAAAGAGCUUCUGAUGCGCAAGAGAGGGAAAAGGCCAAGAGGAAGACCCCGGAAAGUAGUAGAGAAUGUACCUGAAGCUUCAAAGUCAAGCAGCUCUUCCUCUGGUUCAUCAUCGUCGUCGUCAGAUUCGUCAUCUUCAUGUUCCUCCUCUUCAUCCUCGUCUGAUGAUGAUGAUGACGACGACGACCACGUGAAACAGGCAAACCCAAGCGUGCGAACACGAGAUCUUCACCCUGUUCCGCAGAAGAAAGCACAGAUAGUUGUGGCCAAACAGGAGCCUCCGAAGAAACGAGGCAGAAAACCGCUGCCCCCCGAGGUGAAGGAAUUUCAACAGAGCAAGGCCCCGCGCAAGAUACUAAAAACUGUCACCAAAGAUACCUCCGCAGAUCUUCAAGGAGCAAUCAAGAAGCCUGUCCACCCAGCCAGCUUUACCUUCAUGGGCUUCCAUCGGAGUUCAGCCAGUGGCCAGAACAGGAGCUCUCUUUCCCAAGGCGGUGCAGUUAAAAACUCCAUGAGCUCUGUGGCAUCUGGCAGGUCAGUUCAGUCUGCUUCUCCCUCCCAGAACAAAUCCAGCCAAAGCAGGAAUGCCACUGAGGGUAAAUUGUCCAUCUCCAGUAUGAGCAGUGGGACAGGUCUGGAUUUGAAAGCAACUGCUAGUAAAUCAAAAGGGGUGGCAGCAUUGAAUUUGAAUACUUCCAAACACCCCCAUCAAGGAACCACUCAGCAUACACUAAGCUCUCCCAAUGGACAAAAGAAACCAGAGGCCCCUGUGUCAACAUCACUACAGAGGAUACCUAAUACUAAAGCAGCUGCCUCCUUUCCCACUCAGAACGGCCCCACCAACCAAGCCUCCAGCCUUCAGCCUCUCAACCUUCAGAGUGGGAACAAAUCGGCACAAAGCAACGAUGCCUCAGGAAAUGGCACCAAUCCAGCGUCAGGCCUGCGAAGUGCCACAAACCCAGUGCGGAAAUCUUCUGCUGGGCAGUGUAAAGAGUACAGUCUUGCUCAGAAUGUAGCUACCUCUGGGGGACAGCAGCCCAAAAAGAGCCAGGCUGGAGCAGACAAGGUCAAAGAGACAACUGAAAUGGGUGCCACUGGGGACAGGCAGACCACCAGGGCCCAGGGCAGGCUUGAGAAGAGUGGCGUGCAGAAAUCUGCCACAGAGGUCCAGGGUAAGCGAGAGAGAGCUGCCUCCAAAGAUGGUAAGCAAGCCAAAAUGAAUGAAAUGAGCACAGGGGAAGAGGAGAGCAGCUCAGACUCUGACCAGGACUCUUCUUACCCUGGCAAUGGCAAGGAUCUUUCCAUCUCAGUCCAAACUAAUCAAGACUGGAAGCCCACACGCAGCCUGAUUGAACAUGUGUUCGUGACAGACGUCACUGCGAACCUGGUUACUGUCACAGUCAAGGAGUCACCAACCAGUGUGGGCUUCUUCAGCAUCCGCAACUAUUGAAUGGAGAAAACACACUGCCCACCUGGGAUUUGAAGUAAAGAGAUGGGAACAGAUGUGGAUACUGAAGGAAAUAGAAGAAGUGGCUUGUGAAUUGUUGGGGAAAGCAUCGGGGCAGGGAGGUGAAUUCGCUGUUUUCCUGUAAUAAUACAUUUUUAGUUAAAAUACGAAUAAGAUUAAUUAGAGAAAGUACAGACUGUCAGUUACUGAAUCUCAUUAUUUAUUUGCUCAUGUUAAAAAUGUUCGAGAAAUGACAGUUGUGAUCAUUAAGUAUGAAUUGGCAAAUGAUUGUAACAAAUCACUCAAUGCAUAUUGAGUUAAAUUAUUUGUGCCUACCCUCUACCUUGUACAUGAAAUAACCACAUGACAUCUCAUAAAUCCUGACAAAUUAUGAGUUUCUGGGCUGUCAAGCCACCGUCCCCCAGGUUAUUCAGGAUGACCUCGGCAGUGUGUGGCUUGUCCUGUGGAAACUCCUGGAAUUAAACCACAGUACUAGCUUGGGAUUGUUCCAGUGCUCAAGUGACCUUGUACAACCUGAGCAAUAGUGAAGGGCCCGUGAUAUUUUUUUGGGGGGGGGUUGGUGGUUGGCCUCAACUUUAAGUCACUGAGAGGAACAGAAGAGGCUGUAUUCAGGAUUUGCCAGAAAAUCUUGAAGAAAGUUAUCAUAAGUCUUUUGGUGAUAAUGGGUCAAAUCCUAAGUAGUUACUGUGUGUAAGGGUUGUAGAUUUUUCUAUUUUUUUAACUUAAGGUAAUGAACUUUUGAAGUAAAGGUGGGGUGGAGAUCUGACACAACUGCUUUUCUCAAAUGUUUUGAGUCAGUAGCUGGCAGCGCCGCUGCUUCAUAUUCAUAUUUUGCUCAGAAAUAAAAUACAUAAAUAAAUGAAUUGGCAGACUCUGCUGCCCCAAUGCUACCAUGACUGGGUGUAGGUUUGCUGAAUUAGAUAAAUGUUAACAUUCAUACAGUGUUUUAAAACAAUCUAUUGUUUUUCUAUUGCUGAAGCCAUCUGCUUUGUUACACAGCAGAUGAAAUGGACGGGAUGUCCUAAUUAAAAAGGGUAGGCAUGAGCAAGAUUGGUAGCUUUUGUUAUGGGUAGCAGUCAAUGUUGUGAAUGCAUAUCAAUAGCUAAUGGUAACAAGUUAUUGGUAAUUUUUUAAUAGUAGUAUUGAGUCAAUAGUACUGUUUAUUUUUUUAAUUAGCUACCUCUCUGUUAUAUCAACCCCUUGCUGCACAUUUUAUAUUCGUUUCUUUUAAGACUAGGUUAGGAAAACCUUUUCUUGCCAGGGUAGGCCAUUGUGUUCAUAUAAUUGAUUUUUAUAUAGCUCUAAAUGUAUUGGACUUUUGUGCUAUAUAAUCUUUUACUAGUACCAGUGAGCAGCUCAAGCAGCAGACAACAUCUAUCUAUUUUUUAAAUGAGAAACACUGUAAUUACAGCAUUAGCACAGGCUGAGCUUCACACGGUGUUGCAUUGUGCACACUGUUAUCGCUCAGAAAGAAGCUUCAUUCCUCUGUGCAGCCAGCCUAUCAGUGCAGCUUUCCAAACGGGCUGAAGCGUGGGGGAGGGAGAUACAGUAUCUCUGUUCUUCCCCACCACUCAGAUAAGACUCUGUUCUGGCUGGGUUUACUCGUCUGCCAUCCCAUCAGUUCUGUACCUCCCCACCCCCAUCGACAGGGCAUUCACUGGCAACCGUAUCCCUCUCAGACUUGUAAUUAUUCUGGACACAACCAGUGAGUAAGUGGCAGUGUUGACAUGGGAGGAUGAUUAUGGACAGUAUACCUGAUGUGACUCCUCCCUCCUCCUGUGAUCGGACCUCCUUGUGCCUUUGGGAGCGCCGAGAGUGACUGCUUUGAAUUUCACCAGGACUGGUUGCAGAAGAAGCCGACACUGAACUACUCAGCAUUGUUUGUCUCUGACCACAAACACAAGAUUUCAUUAUGACUGUAGCUACUGGUGCUCAAAGUACAUAGUAUUGAAAUGCCAGGAUUUUUUUUUUUAAAAAAAUUGUAUCACUUGCAGCUGUAGAUAUCUCAUUUCACUUUCCUGCAUGGGUACAGGAGCUGCCCCACCCCCCUCCCGAAAACAAUGUCUUUAUCUGAUGUAACGGAAAAGAAACCACAACAAUGUGUGCUACUUUCUACUCCCUCGAGAGGAGUUCAGCAACAAAGCACUUCAACUGAACUCUUCUGUCUAAUCCUGCUCUGCAGACUGUGCCUUUCUUUCUCUCAAAGACUAAACACAAAGACAUUACCCCAAAGAAAGCUAGAAUUUCAGGGUGUUCGGUAAAGGAGUACACUAGAGCACAGUAUGGAGAUGGUAACAGAUUUAUUUUAUUUUCAGUAUUGUUAUUCGGAAAGCAAAAGAAAAAAAAAAAACCUGCUGGGAAGACUUGGUGUAAAUGCAAUGAAAAUGAAAGCAUGACA